AUGGGUGCCGCCCUACGCAAGGAAGCGUCCGAGUACUUCACGGCGGCGCUGACGUCCGACGCCGCCGCCGCCGCCCCUGGCGAGGCGGAGUUCCUUGAAAAGGUGAACCAGUAUGAGCGCGGUCUCUGCGGUGGCUCGGAGCUCUACGGCGUGGCGGAGCCGAUCGCCGCCGAGGUGAUGAGCAAGGCCGCCGAGACGGGGCGCGUGCGCUGGCUGCUGCGGCUGUGUAGCGAGGUCAUGCGCCGGUGCGUCGAAACACCCUACGGCGUAGAUGCCAGCACGCCGGCGGUGCUGCACCUCGCGGAGGUGCUGCUGCGCCACAUCCUGCGGCUGACGAAGGGACGGUCCGCGGAGCUCGUCGGUGUCCUGGAGGCGGCCGGGUCAUGUGGUGAGACGGCGCUGUUCGACGGUGCGCCGUGUGAGGAGGACACCGCCGCGCUGCUGUGCCGUACGGCAUUUUCUUUCUUGGUGAACGUGCCGCUUGACUCGGCGACGGUGGCGACGCACCUGGAAGUUCUGCGACUACUGCUGACAAUGACGUCGUCGGCGCUGCACCACGGCACGGACUUUCAGGAGGACACCAUGGACCUCUUCACGGAGCUGAUGAUGUCGUCGCCGCUGCUGGGCGACUGCCUUGCCGUGCUGCUCCAGACCGUUGUCUCGUGGGGACGGCCAAGCUGGGCGGCGCAGUCGCCGGCGCUCCACCAUGAAGGGCGUCAGCCCUCUUUUCGGAACUUGUUCAACAUCUUCAGCACCACCGUCCCGGCGCCCCGGCACGCGAGCGACAAGGCCGCGUAUGUGCUUGACGUGCCGAGCUCGGCCACGGUCAAGGUCUCCGCCGCCGCCGCCAGUGGCGCUGGUGGGCCUAGCGCGCUGAAGACCGGCGCACUCCCCAAGGACCCUGCCGCGGUGCUGGUAAACAGCUGUAGCUGCUGGGAGCAGGUGGGCCGCCACGCGACGGCGCUGCUGUGCGUGCUGGUCGUUCACCAAAAGGGCGGUGGCCGGAGCCCGGCCCUUGAGUACGUGACGGCGACACGGGACGGAAGCCCGGUGUCCUUCGUCGCCCUGCUCUCGACCAUCCAGUGGCAGCUGACAAGCUUCCCGGCGCUGUCGAUCCUGCUCUAUGUGCUGCUCCACGACCAUUACGAGUUCCUGCACACGGUGCUGACCGAGGAUGCUGCCCUGCUCGUCUCGACGCUGCAACAGCUGCUGGAGAUGACAAACCAGACGUGCAGGGUCACGACGCGGCUGGCCACGACCACAGCUGCCGAUGCAGCAGACGACGUGCUGCAGAAUGCCGUGCUGGGGCGCAUCAUCUUCCAGCUCCGCAUCUUCUCGUACCCCUUCAUCAACUUCAUGUCGAGUACGCUGCUGCUGCUCGUCUCGCAGGACCGCGUUGUGAACCGGCUGCUGUGCAACACGCCGUGCCUUGGCAGGCACGUGCUGGCGCGCUACGACGCGAGCGCCUCUGUCGGUGCGCUUGCCGUCGUGGUACUCUCGUGUGGCAUCAUCAAGGGACUGAACGAGCGCAACGAGGCGCUCGUCGCCGUGUUUGCCCCGUGCCUUGUGAACCUCGCCCCGUUCUUGCACGACAUGGACACGUACACGGCGCAGCGCGUGUGUGCGCUACUGACAACGGCGCUGAAGAAGAUACGUCGCACGAGCGCACUCUUGACGGAGUCUACGGCGGCGGCAGAGGGCGGCGACCCGCCGGCCGCAGCGCCGGUCGGCGUGGGCAGCUCCAUGAGCAGCGUCAGCGGCGGCAUCACUGCGGCGGCGACGUCCGCCGAGGAUGCCCGGGCGGUGGAACAGAUCCUCGCCAUGUACGUACGUCAGCUGCGCAUCAUUGUGGAAGGCGUCGAGGCGCUGCUGCGCGGUGCCGACCGACACAACGAGCAUCUUAUCUACGAGCUGCUCUACGUCCGCAGCCGCAUCAUCGACGACGUCGACACCGCCGUCGAAGCGCAGCACCCGUACGCUCAGGCAACAAAACAGUUGCUCGCGAACCUGGCGGACAUGAUCAAGAACUGCGAAGCGGACAUCGCCAGCUCCAACCAGGCGCAGAGCCCGCAGGAGAUCUUGGCGAUCCUGCGGCGUGGCCAGCAGCAGCAGCAGCAGCACGGCCAAAGCCAGAGCAGCAGCGUCAGCGGCAGCAAUGGCAAGGACGUGAGCGGCGGCGGCGACGAUGACGCGGACAGCGAAGACCGUCGCAACGGCAACAACUCCGGCGGCGGCGACCGCAAGGACGUUAGCUUAUCAAGGGCCGGCAGCGUGAUGUCUGCAGCGGCAGUGGAGGCAAGCAUCACCGCAGACGCGAUGGCGGGCUCAGAUGGCGUCUCCGUCGAUCUGGUGUACAGCUACGAGGAGUUACCGCACAGCUACGACUUCUUUGGGCCGUUUUUGUGGGCGACGCUGCUGAGCGCUGGCCAGCUGCCCGGUGGGGCGCUGUGGUGCCGCCACAGCAGCGAGCUUCCGCUAUUUCCGCAUUGA